UUGAGAUGACAAGAUGGCUGCACGAAUUUCCACGUCGUGUGCAAUUUAAUCGGGGAAUUAAAAAUAUUCCUGAACCCCGUAGUCUUACAGCUUCUAUGAGUGUCACUUUUAUUCGCAGUCGAACCAAAUAUUUCCAAUAAACACUAGUUUCAAGAAGAACAACAUGUCCGAAACAGACACUGCUUCUGGAGACCGAUACACAAGAAUACACAGAAUAAGCCCAAGAGCAACUAGCGAAAAUGCAUCAUUACAAAAUAGCCAAGAAGAUUUGUCAAACAAUCCUACUGCCACAUCACUGAAACUGACUGAAUGCAGUGCAAGUGGCAAAACAGAAGAUUUCUCCAUUGACAAGGGAGACAAUAGCAGUACCGUGAUAGAAUGUGCUGUCUGCCUUCAAACCUGCAUUCAUCCUGUGAAGCUGCCUUGUACACAUAUCUUCUGCUAUCUCUGUGUGAAAGGUGUGGCUUUCCAGUCGAAAAGAUGCGCCAUGUGUCGCCAAGAGAUUCCCGCUGAUUUUCUCCUCCACCCGCAAUUACUUGAUCGAACUCAAUUGGAAAAAGAGUCAACCUUAGAAGAUGGAUACCAGUGGUUUUAUGAAGGAAGAAACGGUUGGUGGCAAUAUGACGAACGAACCAGCUUCGAGUUGGAAUGUGCCUACAAGCGGUCACAACGCAUUUGCGAGUUGUUGAUUGCAGGAUUUCUCUAUAUGAUCGAUUUUGACCAGAUGUUCCAAUCCAGAAAAACGGAACCUUCGCGACGUAGGCGAAUUAAACGGGAUCUAGCUUCAAUACCGAAGAAAGGAGUUGCUGGAUUACGACUGGAACCGAAUGACGAGUCUGAAAACGGACCUACGGCGUCGUUAGAUCUUCUUUCAGUUGCUGCCAGUCGAGCAGCUCUCGUUUCUAACUGUUUAUCUCCUAGCCAAACGCCUCAAGCUCCAUCCAACACUCCUCAAACUCCACAGACCCCUCAAACACCACGUAGCCCUCCAUCACCAGCACCGGAAUCAAUUUCUGAUCAAGAGGCGAUUACUGAAACGCUGUCAAAUUAUUCUCGAUGGCAAGAACGGGAGAGGCGACGUCUUCGACGAGCUGUUGAAGAAAUUGAACGUUUGAGACUGCAUGAUGGGGAUCGAUUUACCCCGCCGCUUUCCAGAUUGGACAACAUGGUCAUCUAUUACAAUAUGGAUGAAGAAAGAAAUGGUUUACAUGACCAUACGCAAGACGACUUGUGGCCAAGUGAAGAUAGCUCUUCAGAUGAUGAAGAAGAAGUAAUCAUCAGUUAAUCGCGCAGUCUUAUCCUACUCCUUUUUUGCGUUCUUUGACGCUAGUUGACGAUUCUCCCUGCCUUACUCAAUCAUGCGUCCUGGAAAAUACUGAUGGAGACCUAUUUUUAAAAAUCUCCACAACCUUUUAACUCUGUGCUGUAUCUAAAAUUUGCAAUAUCCAGCAAAAGGGCUAUCUCUCGUUCUCUGUGCAGUUCGUUUCUCGUUCGACAAAUUCUUGUAGGAUGAGUGAAUUUCUUAAAUAAAGGCUUCUGCGUUU